UGCCGCCCAAGAAACAAGCGGAGGGAGAGGGCGAGAGAGAAAGAGAAACCAGGCCAGGGACCGACAGCCCGGUGCGGGAGCGCCAGAAGAAGCCGCGCGGAGCCAGUGCCGGUACAGGCCGCAGCCAUGCCCAAGUCGAGGCGGCGAGGAGGGGGGAACCCGCGCGGAGCAUCAGGUGCCCAGCACAGAAACACGCAACCUUUUAGUGAUGAAGAUGCAUCGAUUGAAACUAUGAGCCAUUGUAGUGGCUUCAGUGAUCCAGCUAGCUUCACAGAGGAUGGGCCUGAAGUUGAUGAAGAAGCAACACAAGAAGACUUUGAGUACAAACUAAAGGGACUCAUUGAUCUGACAUUAGACAAGAGUGCAAAGACAAGGCAGUCAGCUCUGGAAGGUCUUAAAAAUGCCUUGAUAUCUAAAAUACUAUAUGAGUUCAUCUUGGAAAGAAGAAUGACUCUAACAGAUAGCAUUGAGCGCUGCAUAAAGAAAGGCAAGAGUGAUGAGCAGUGUGCAGCAGCAGGACUGGCUUGUCUACUUUGUGUGCAGCUGGGCUCAGGAAUUGAAAGUGAAGAAGUCUUUAAGACCCUUGCGCCAGUGCUGAAGAAAAUCCUUGGCGAUGGAGCAGCAAGCAUACAAGCAAGGCAAGCUUGUGCUACCUGCUUGGGAGUUUGUUGCUUUAUUGCCACUGAUGAUAUUACAGAAUUGUAUUCAACUAUGGAAUGUCUGGAAAAUAUUUUCAUCAAAUCCUAUCAGAAAGAAAGAAAUUCAAAUGGAAUUUCCAGCAGCCAGAACACAGUUCUUCAUAUCAGCGCCCUGUUGGCAUGGACCCUGCUGUUGACCAUCUGCCCAAUGAAUGAAGUGAAGAAAAAGCUAGAAAUGCAUUUGCAUAAAUGUCCUCUUCUCUUGUCCUGUGAUGAUGUAAACAUGAGGAUUGCUGCUGGGGAAACCCUGGCCCUUCUCUUUGAAUUAGCAAGAGAAACAGAUGGGGAUUUCUUCUAUGAAGAUAUGGAGCCUCUAACACAGAAAUUGAGGGCUCUGGCAACAGAUGGGAACAAGCACCGUGCCAAAGUAGACAAAAGAAAACAGCGAUCUGUCUUCAGAGAUGUCUUGCGGGCUGUGGAGGAACAUGACUUUCCUACUGAGACAGUCAAAUUUGGACCUGAGCGCAUGUACAUUGACUGCUGGGUUAAAAAACAGACCUAUGAUACUUUCAAGGAAAUUCUAGGAUCAGGGAUGCAGUAUCACUUGCAGUCCAACGAGCUUCUUCGGAAUGUCUUUGAACUUGGCCCACCGCUGAUGCUUGAUGAGGCAUCUCUUAAGACCAUGAAGAUACCCCGUUUUGAAAGACACCUGUACAACUCCGCAGCCUUCAAAGCGAGGACUAAGGCCAGAAGCAAAUGCCGUGAUAAAAGAACAGAUGUUGGUGAAGUGUUCUAGACCAGCGCUUGAAGAUCUCUGAUUUGAUUUCUGUUGAAUCUAAUUCCUGAUAAUGUGUCAUUAUUGCUAUGUUUAACAUGAUAAGGCUUUUAAACCUGUCUUUACAUCUUAGAUGUCUCGCACAUUCAGAGGAACUGAUGUAAUGUAGGCUAUUGAGUAGAUGGGUAUGUACUGUGGGUUGAACAUAAAAUGCGGGGAGGGAAACAUAAAUGGGGGGGACUUCAAGGGGGGGGUAAGAGUGGCUCAUGAAUUUGGCAUUCUUGCAGCACUGUCAGCCACGUGGUGGUGGGACUGCUUUGAUUUAGCUUAGCGUUUUUAGCACACUAAUGAAAUAGGUGAAACCUUCCAUUCAGAAGGCUUUUCUGCGGAGUAAACAUGUUUCUGGACCAAGCUGCUAUUUAGAUAGGUAACCAAAUAUUUUAAAUUUUACAGUGACUUUGUACCACACAGGGGCCCUAAACCUCUGCUUAAGAGUGCUUAAAAUGAUGAAACAUAUACAAAUAUUUAAAAGUUAAUGUUAUGUUACCUUGGAUAAUAAAAACAUCUUUCUCUAAAAACUGCUUUUGUUCAAAACUAUUGAGUUCAUGCAAAAAGGCUUGUCUGUUUAAUAUGAAUAGCUACAAAGGGAUGACAAUUAUUUAAGGUCUAAUAGUGCCUUUAAGAUUUAAAUAAAAUAAAUGUCAGUUUUAAUCUGCA